AGAGUACAAACACUCACAUAGAGACUCUGAUUUAUUGUGUGUAUGUAUUUGUGUGGCUGUUGAGUGGGGUUAGAAAACGAAGCCCUUACUUAGCUUGCACCUUAAAACCACUCACUCUGACGAGUUAAAUCAGGCUCUUGGGGAUAGCCAAGAAAAGAGUGAAGGAGAAGAUGGUUGGAAUGAUGAAGAAUCAACCGUCACACUGGUGGUGGCUUGAUAGUCACACUAACACUAAACGAUCCCCAUGGCUUCAAUCCACUAUCGCUGAGCUAAACGAGAAGACAAAGGCAAUGUUAACAUUAAUUGAAGAAGAUGCAGAUUCCUUUGCAAAACGUGCAGAGAUGUAUUACAAGAAGCGACCAGAGCUUGUGAGCAUGGUUGAAGAUUUCUAUAGGACACACCGUUCACUAGCUGAGCGGUAUGAUCAAGUCAAACCUGACACCACAGGGGGGUCACCUUUUGCUUCAGCCAAGUAUCAAUUAGGGAAGUUGAUGGGUUUUUCAGAUAAUGGUUAUGAUACCUAUUCUGAGCAUUGUGAUGUAGACGAGUCAGUGGAAUCUGAAGUUGAUGAUCCUGAGCUGGAGGAAGAAGAGGGGACUAAAUUUCAUGACUGCACAAUUGAAAAGAAAGUUUCUUUUGUGGCUGCGGAUGAUGAAGUUAUGAGGCUGAGAGAUGAAAUUAAGAGACUCAAUGAAGAGAGCAAGGCUCAUAGGGAUCAACUCAAGCAGAAAGAUACCAUUUGUGAUGAAGUAAUGAUGUUGAGGGGAGAAAUAGAAAGACUUAGAGAAGAGAAUGAGGCACAGAAGGAACAACUCAAGCAGAAGGAUGAAGAGAAAAUAGAGGUGAUAAGACACCUGAGUUUAGCAAUUAAUAUGAUGAAGCAGGAGAAUGUAAAGAUGAGAAACUUCAUCAUUGCUAAGGAGUCUACCAAGAAAUGGAAGAACCCAUUUGAGUUCAACAAACUCAUGGGAGCUUUUUCAGUUAAGUUGUUCAAUGGGACUCCAAGGAAUCAGCCCAGUGUUGAGCUCUCUAGAUGUGGUUUAUAAAGUUAGCAAAUGGCUUUAUUAUGUACAACAGUCCUAUAAAGAAAUCUAUAUUUAUGUUAGGUACUCACCCAAGUAAACUAAGCUAUAAAUCUUGGGUUUUAUGUUUAUCAUUUAACAUAAUAUAACUUCAUUU